CCCCAGUUAGUGCGCAGACGCAGUCGGUCGGGACCGGAGAGGAGGAGAAGAUGCCGCUGUACGAGGGGUUGGGGAGUGGGGGAGAGAAGACUGCGGUGGUCAUAGAUCUGGGAGAGGCAUUUACUAAAUGUGGAUUUGCAGGUGAAACAGGACCAAGAUGCAUUAUUCGAAGCGAAAUUCGAAAACCUGGCCUUGCAAAGCCAAUCAAAGUUGUCCAGUACAAUAUCAACACAGAAGAACUCUAUUCAUAUCUCAUAGAAUUUAUUCACAUGCUGUAUUUCAGGCACCUUCUGGUGAAUCCCCGGGACCGCCGCGUUGUGAUCAUAGAAUCCGUACUUUCUCCCUCUCGUUUUAGAGAAACUCUCACCCGGGUUCUCUUCAAGUACUUUGAGGUUCCCUCUGUCCUAUUUGCUCCGGGUCACCUGAUGUCUCUUCUGACACUUGGCAUCAACUCUGCCAUGGUGCUGGAUUGUGGAUAUGCAGAAAGCCUUGUCCUUCCUGUAUAUGAAGGUAUUCCAAUUCUCAGUUGCUGGGGAGCGCUUCCUCUGGGUGGAAAAGCCAUUCACAAAGAGCUGGAAGCACAGCUGUUGGAGCAAUGCACAGCCGACACAGGGACAGCCAAGGAUCAGAGCCUCCCUUCUGUAAUGAGCAGUGUACAAGAAGAAAUAGUGGAAGACAUUAAAGUGCGUGUUUGCUUUGUAAGCGACCUGCAGAGAGGGCUCAAAAUCCAGGCUGCCAAGUUUAACAUUGAUGGCAGCUCAGAGCGCCCUGCUCCACCUCCCGAUGUGGACUACCCAUUAGAUGGACAAAAGAUUUUACACGUCAAGGGUGCAAUCAGGGAUUCUGUUGUGGAGCUGCUUUUCGAGCAGGACAAUGAAGAGAAGUCUGUUGCCACAUUGAUCCUAGACUCACUUGUGCAGUGUCCAAUAGACACCAGGAAACAACUUGCAGAAAACAUUGUGGUCAUGGGUGGCACGGCCAUGCUGCCAGGAUUUCUUCAUCGGUUAAUGGCGGAGAUUCGUUACUUGGUGGAAAAACCAAAAUAUAAGGAAAUUCUUGCAUCGAAGACUUUCAAAAUUCACACUCCUCCUGCAAAGCCAAACUGUGUUUCCUGGCUUGGAGGAGCAAUAUUUGGGGCUUUACAAGAUAUCCUCGGCAGUCGUUCUGUAUCUAAAGAAUAUUAUAACCAGACUGGCCGUAUACCCGACUGGUGCUGUUUAAACAACCCUCCUCUUGAAAUGAUGUUUGAUGUUGGAAAGUCGGCACCCCCCUUAAUGAAAAGAGCCUUUUCCACCGAGAAGUGAUGUUGCUACCCUGGAAACUAUUGUUUUUAAAGCUUGCCUGGUCAAAGACUUUAUAUACACAUGCAUACUAAGAAAAAAUACUAUUUAUUCUACCCCUCACAGCUAGGGAGAUUGUGGUUUUAUAUAAUGUAUUCUGCCUAGUCACACAAUGGGGAUCCUUCAUUUUGUUGAGUUGCAGUAAAGAGUUACCUGACUGCAUAUAAAAUAUUAGGAUAACAUUGGAGCUUUCUUUGGUUACUGUAGAGGCAAUUCACCCCUCCAGCUUUACAUCCCUGAAAUUAUAAUGGACGUCUCUGAAUGUUCUCUUGUGCUGUGUUCACCACAAAUCAUACAUUGUAACGUAUACAAAGUACACCUUAAAGUGGUUCUUAAACUUUAAGUUUUUUUUUUUUACCUUUUUAAUGCAUUAUGUUAAACCCCCUUCUACGCCAGAUCUCACCCCCCAACCCUUCUUAUACUUGCUUGAGCCCAUUCUCGAUCCAGUGCUGCGCAUGAGAGCAGUCCUCUUUCCCUCCUCACUGGCCAGAUUGAUAGCAGUGUGAGCCAUUGGCUCCUGCUGCUGUCAAAGUCUGUGACCGGGAAGCAGGGCUGAGCCACGCUGUCGAUGGAUGCAGAAAGGGCAGCUGGGGAUUUACCCUGCAUGAGUGCCCCCUUAGAAAGUGGCUUUUUAUGGUGGGCACUUACUGAAGAGGAGGAGCCAGGACCGCCUGAUGAGGGACCUCAGAAGAUGCUGCUGUGCAAAACUGAUGAACAGAGCAGGUAGGUAUGACAUGUUUCUUACUUUAAUAAUAAAAAAAAAAA